AUGGCAGCCUCAGUUAUGGCUUCAGUGAGUCUAAAACCAUCUCCCUUCACUGUUGAGAAGUCAGCAGUGAGAGGCCUUCCCUCUCUUGCCAGGACUUCUUCUUCAUUCAAGGUUCAAGCCAGUGGUGGCAAGAAGAUCAAAACUGACACACCCUAUGGAACCGGUGGUGGCAUGAACUUGAAGGAUGGGAAAGAUGCCUCCGGGAGGAAGCCUACGGGUAAGGGUGUCUACCAGUUUGUAGACAAGUAUGGUGCUAAUGUUGAUGGCUACAGUCCCAUCUACAACAGAGAUGAAUGGUCACCAUCUGGUGAUGUUUAUGCUGGGGGUACUACUGGCUUGGCCAUCUGGGCUGUUACCCUACUUGGCAUUCUUGCAGGCGGUGCUCUUCUUGUCUACAACACAAGUGCUUUGUCACAGUAG